AAACAAGAAGAUCCAUCUUUCAACGUUACUCCUUCUGUUGGUGGACCACUUAAUUGGCAUUUCAUUAUCAACUUGGGUCCAUCAAACUCUGCUCUAUAUGGACAAGCUCAAUAUCAUGGUGUUUUGUUUUUCCCAAUUGAAUAUCCUUUCAAACCUCCAACCAUCAAAAUGAUUACUCCAAGUGGAAUUUUUGAACCAAAUACUGAUUUAAAACAAUUAAUGGGCAUUUCAAAAGAAAACGGUGAUUGGAAAACCCCUUUGAACGUGAUACAACUUUUGCAAAUGUUGUUAGAUUUUAUGUUGAUAGAUGCUGAAAUUGAAUCAACGGAACCAUUAUUCGCUGGUAAUAUUGCUGGUUAUAUCUCAUCCACGAAAAUGGAGAAAUUUUCUCACGCUUCAGAUACUUUAGCUUUCAAUAUUUCCAACCCAAUUUUCAAAAAAGUGUUCCCAGAG